UUAUAUAUUUUUUAAUUUUGGUUAUUUUUUGGCCUAUGUUUCUAUACUUUUUUUUUGUGCUAAUGUUUCAUGGCUGCCAAAUAUACUUGUUGUUAUAAGGUCACCAACACCUGUUCUGUGACCUUAUAAAAACACAUGUUUCAUAAUAGAUAAAUGUGGAUUAUGGGAUUAACACCUAAAGUUGUCUUAGAUUACGUAGAAUAAUGUUAUAUAAUUUGCAGGCGUUUAUCUAACUUGGAUGCUGUGAAAAUGGAUCCAGAAAGCUUAGAAACGCCGAAUUUAGGAUAUGUGUGGGCUAGUGUGAGUACUGUUGCUUUCAUAACCACCAACCUGUUGCUUCGAAGUGUUGUGCCGCAAAGUGCCAGGAAUACAAAACAGCAAGAAUGGAAAUGGAGAAACACAGCGAAUUCUUUUUUGCAUUCUGUAAUAACUGGUAUUUGGGCGUGCGGUUGCUUUUGGCAGAGCCCAGAAAUUCGUGAAAAUCUUAUUUCAAUCUAUACAGAAUCUUCUCAUCAUCUCUUAUCUGUUUCAGUUGGUUAUUUUAUCUAUGAUUUGCUUGACAUUGGGCUGAACCACAGGAAGAGAAGCAGCUACGAGCUCAUGGUCCACCACAUAGUGGUGAUCCUGUGCUUCGGGCUGGCGGUGUCCACGCGCUACUACCUCGGCUACGGGCUCAUGGCGCUGCUGGUGGAGAUGAACAGCAUCUUCCUGCACGUGCGGCAGCUGCUGCUGAUACAGGGCGUGCCCAGGGGCCACCUGCUGUACCGCCUCAACAGCCUCUUCUGCCUGGGUACGUUCGUUGUGUUUCGUAUCGCGACCCUGGGAUGGAUGACCCGAUGGCUGGUGUUUGUCAGAAAUCAGCUGACAACCACAGCAUUCACUAUGGGCAGCUUGGCCAUGCCAAUAAUCUUGGUGAUGAACAUAGUGCUGUUCCUGCGCAUCCUGAACGCGGACUACUGCGGGAAGCGUUCGUCCCGCGACUGCAGCUACGUGCAGCAGUUGGCGGUGGAGGAGGACGAGGGGUUGGAUCCUGCGGGCGGCAAGGAUGCGUGAGAAGUGGCGUGUGCUCGGCAGCCAAGCAACAGUCAGCUGGCCCGGCCAGGGUUGCGUGCUGGUGAAUGCAGUUGAGCGACGCGUUGUCGUGUCUUGAUGGCCGUGCCUUCAGUCUUCUUCGCUUUGCCUUGUGUCCCAACUGGAUCGGUGUGCUUUCCGGAAUUUCUAUGCUGUCCUCGAUGAAUCCAGGCUAACCGAGAUGAGGAAAGUCUUGGUUGAAAUUGUUGAAAGUAAUACGAAUUAUUACUAUUUAGAUGGGUAAUGUCUUUUAGGGGUAACUUUAUCUGUCGGAGGAAUAGGGUUAUUUGUGCUCUUCUUGUAUUGAAAGACAUUGUUGGUGGUAGGAAUUAAUCAUUGCACAAAUUUCCAUCUCAUUGUACUGUUCCACAUGUGUUAGAAUUUUGUGAACCAUUGAAUUUUUAAUACUGCCAAAUUAAGAGAUGAUAAAGUACCUGUGUGGUACAUUUUAGAACUAGUACAUCUUCCUAACCACACAGGGGCAGAAGGAAUUGGAGCAAAUACUUACAAAAAUUUCUGUGAAUAUUUUUUUAUAUUGUAAACAUUAUCGACUGUUACUCUCUUAAUGUGGAGAAGACAUUAGGCAUCAGCCUUGGCUGUUAAUGUUUUUCCCUAGUCUACAAUAAUCACCAUGUUAUAUCUAAACUGUGAGAUUGUGUGUGUUCAACUUACCUUUCAGUGUAUAACCCCAAUUCUUUCUUUGGGAACAAAAGUUACUUCUGAAAAAAAAAUCUCAUUCAACACACUUAGACAGGAUGUAAUGUGGCCCCAGAAAAAUUUGUAUCAAAGGUUUCCAAGUAAAGCAAACAGUGAUUUCUACCAAAAUGCUUUUUAAGAUGACGAAAACGUGAAAUUUUAACACUUACGGGAACUGUUAAGCAAAUAUGUGAUAAGCGAACGUGACAAACAAAUCUGCAAAUACUCUCAUGGCAGGCAAAUAGCCCCCACAGGUGAACAGCAUUCUCUUAACUCUGUAAUAGGGCCGUAAAGAGUUGGUAUUACUGAGCAUAGAUUACCCAACUCUUGAAGAUCAAUGGCAGGCUGUAGUGAUGGUAAAUAGAGGUGUCGUCUUCUAGGGUAGAUACAAUUAUUUGAAAACGUGAAUGUUUUUUCCUUCAUGAUGGCAUUUGUUUAGUCACACUGUCUUAAAUUUUUAGUUGAUAAUGUAUUGGUAUUUGAAGUCGUUAGAAAACUGUAGGUAAAAUCCAUUUUUUUACAUACUUAGCCUCAAAUUUAACAGAAAUAUUUAAUUUUUUUUUAUUAAUUUUUUAAUUAGCUACUGCAAAACGAUUUUUGUGAAGUUACAUGUCACAAACUCAGGCACCAUUGUUAUUAGUUGUAUGCACUUUAGUUGUAUGUUUAUAAGUUAUCUUUUUCUAAGUAUAAAAUGUAAUGCAGGUUUAAAAAUAGUGACACUAAACUGGCCUGGAACAAAAAAGUAAUCUAAAAUUGUCACCUUAGAUAACUUUCAACAUCAUUUAACUUCAUCUUUAAAAUAAAAUGUAUUCUAUUUAAAGAAUUAUAAAGAAUUAUACUACCAUGCUAAGGUUCUUGGUUGAAAAAAAAAAAAUUAUAUCUAUGUAAAUAUUUAACAGAAUUUUUAAAACUUUUUUAAAAUUUCAUGUCAGUACAUGAAUAUUAGAAAAUAGCAACAUAGACAAAAUCCAUUUAUGAGUUUCAGAUGGAUAGGCAAGCAAAGUUGUGACAAUUUAGGAUUCUGUUGUUGGGUAUGCCUACAUAAGACAUCACCCUAAAUAGAGAUAAGAACACAACAGCCAUGGAAACGUGUUACCCACUGCAGGUAUUGUGUGUAUGGUAGCCACAUUUUAGCUAUGCACAAGAUCAUUUUUGGUAAUGUAAAUAUACUAUCACAAAAACUUGCUCUGAUUCUCAUACAUAUGUAUUGUUAGAGGAUGUUACAAAUUCUUUAACUUUUAGAGUGAGUCAGAACACAUCACAGUAACUUGACCCAAGAAUUUUGUUAUUUGAAUAGUAGUAUUUGUAAAGCAGUAUUUAUUUUCUGUUGUAAAUUAGCUAUUAUUUUUAAUGUUUUUCCAGUUCCUCACAAACUGUUUUCUUUUUCUGUUUUAGUACUGAGUCAAUGAUAGUGUCUUUUUAACUCUUUCAUGUUCCUUGCCCCCAGCCCACCAAUUUUGUUUGCAACAUCAAAUAUUUUUGGUUUGUUUCAACUUGAAUUUAAAAGAAUUCAACAUUGAACACUCCUGGUUUUAGUUAAUGCUCAUAGUCUCUAUACUUUAACUUUCAAAUAAAUUCAUGGAUCAUGUUAAUUAUCUGAAAAGCUUUUCAACUUGCAUUGUGGCCCUUGAAUUAUUCCUAUAUAAUAGAUACUGCCAGAGAAACACCAAACAAUUGGCAUCUUGCAUUAAAAUGGUACUAUAAAGCUGGAACCACAAUAGUGCAGUGACAUUGAAAUGUGCUAAACUUCAGCUACCUCUCUGAAGAAAAGCUAAAUUUCAUUUGUCCGUUGGAUUCGUUCAGCCACAUUAAUAUCGUAAAAUAGUUUUUAGUCUUCCUAGUAGCUAAAAUUCAGAAAAUUACGAGUUUGCACAAACACAGAUGUUUUGGGGCGUUUAACUUCAAGUUGUAAUAGAGUUUCAACUGUGUUGUAAAAUGGUUAGACAAUUUCAAGAUACUUCUUAUCACAUUAAACAUGCAAGCAUGUGUUGUAGGUUCGUCCCAACACAACAGAAAAAGAAAUUAAAAAUUAGUCUAAUAUUUGAUUUUGUAAAAUAUAUGAAACAUGAAACGGGACUCCCAUUGAUCCGUCCGUCAGUCAUGUGACCUCAAGCCAAUCAGAAGGCCCAAUGUUCUUAAUUAAAACUUUUGUCUUACCAAAAGCAUUGUAUCAUUCACUUAAGUAUUUCGUAAGUUUGCCCAGCUGUGAAAUGCCUACGAAUUUAUGUCUCUAGUUUCAUUUUAGAAACUGGCAAAAAAAAUUAUGUGUGAAGCUGAGACUUGACUUAGACCCAUCAUGACAUCACUUCUCUGAUUUAUGUCAAAAUGAAUUGAGAUUUUAUUUUGGAUUUUUUUGUGUUUAUUAUUGUAAGCUUUAAUACUUAAAUGGCAAUUUUAAUUAAUAUGACUCAUAUUGUAGAGAAUAUGUCUAAAUAUUUUGCAAAUAGUCACGAAGAUGAUGCAAGUAAUUUUUUAACUAUAUUAUUAAAUAACUUUGAAUCUGUGAAACACAGAUGUUGAGAUGCAUAAAUAACUUACUCACAGGCCAUUGAUGUUCCACUGUAAUAUAGGACCAAAGGAAAAAUACCAUGAGGGUGCCUUACUUUUAUAAAAAGUGUAAUUUUAUAAUGUAGUGUAUUUGGUAAUAACUUAAGUUUAAAAUCAUCUACCUCUCAUAAGUUGCAGGUUUUUGAUACUAUUCUGUAGUCCUACAUUACUUAAACUUUUAUUCUGUAUAUUUUUUUUAGUAGUCUUUUUUUCUUUCACUCCAGGCAUACCUUUCACUUUUGUUGCCGAGCUUACUUAUAUUUUCAUCUUAAUUGUUUUCCCAGACAAAGUCAGUUCGCUGUGUGCUGGAUAUGUCAUCUUUCUUUGACUUUCUACACAAUGUGAAACAAUGUGGAAUGUUCAGCAUUUGCUAUCCUUAGCGCCAAUAACUAGACAUGGACUGUUGCCUCUCUCAUCACACAGCUAUAUGAUGGUUUCAUAAGCAGUGGGUAUGAGAGUGUGAUUGUUGCUGCAAAUUUUGGGAAACCACUGACUGCUGAUCAUUUUGUGUGAACUAUGGUGUUAUUUCAAGCUUCCAGAAACUCGCUGGCCAAGUGCAGCGUGUUCCAGCUCCAGUGAGUGGAAUGGUUUUUCGUGUUUCUAGAGCACUUUCUGCACCAUUUCCAGAGUCAGUAAGGGUUUUCAGUGGAACAUGGCAGUUAAUUGAUAAGUACAGAUAAAAUUUAAAUUUCAAACAUUUAUAAAAUCAGUUUGGAUUAGUUCAAAAAAUGAAAAUAGCAUAUAAGAAGCAUCAUAAAAUUAAUAAAAAACUGUAAAAAUAAAUUCUAAAUACGUACCUUUUAUGUUGAUGGUGUAGUUGGUUAUAAUAAGAUAGAACAAAAAAAAAUAAUAGAUUUUAUGUAACUAAGAAUUUUAAUUAUUAUUGAAAAUUGCCUUUUGGAAUUUCUGAGGGUAUUUUUGCUGUAUCCUGCUUGUUAGUUUCUGAAAAUGCACUUGAUCUCGGGUUGUGUUCUUGUUGCUGGUGCGACAUUGAAUUCAACUUGUUACGAGCAGUCAUGUGACCCAUGCACUUCUCUAGUUUUCAGGGUGCAGUUCAUUCUGCUAGAAAAUGUUUUAGUUCUUCAUAAUUGUCGUUAGGGGUACUAUGUUUAAGUAAUUUUUCUGCCUGUAUCCUAGGCAUAAAUUUAUAGUUUUCUAUUUACAUACGUAGAACACAGUAAUGAUUACGAAUGGUUAUUUUUCAACUAUAAAUAGACAGUAUAAACACGGACUUAAUAUUGUAAAAUCAUAAAUUUUAAUUUUAUCUAAUCAUGCAAAAGCAUUUUGUCCAAAUGGUGUUGCGUUUUUAUUCUUAUCAUUGAUAAGUGUUACAAUAAUAAGUGUUUCUUUCCACUCUGCCUUCUGUUAAACCCUGCUUUUUUCUUUAUUUAAUUUUUCAGAAGCUUAAUUAUUUGUUUCAGUGAUUGUUUUGGAACAAGCUAUAAACAAAUAUGAUACCAGUAACUGCCUUGCAUAAUUGAUGAUGUGUAGAUAUAUUUAUUUUGAUAACUUAUUUUUAUAGUGGCACAUUGUCAAAAAAGCAUUUAACAGUAAUAUUGUUUUCUGUGACAGUGACUGCCAUUCCAUUGCUAUAAAUGCUAAUGAAUGUACAAAUUAGCUGUGAAAUCAGUGUUAUAAAUUAGUGAGUGCAUGCUUUAAUUUUUUUUAUAAAGUGAAGUUUAUUUUUUAUAAAGAACAAAUGUACAAUGACAUGAUAUUUUUACUGAUUAAAAUGUAUCUAACACUUA